AUGUUCGUCGUCGAUGACCCAAGUGAACGAGACAAUAUGUACUUGGCAAGGACAAAUAUCGUUCGCGAUACGAUCUAUAUGGAUGGCGGGCAGAUAUGGCUUCAACAAAUGUUUGAUGACGGCUGUAAAAACUAUACUGAUGCUUCUGCGGAUGCGCGUUCCUAUACCCUGAACUUAUCAACCUCGUUCACCACACGCUCGGAUUUCAUGACGGUCCUCCGAAAUACGUCCGUGAUCGGAGGAAGCUCCAGUAACUUUGCUCCGAAUUACUUGGACGGUGCCAUGCUUGCUAAUGACGAUGAAUUCUUUCUCUAUGGAGGAUCCACCAAGAAUGCAGAUAACUCCGACAGCUCCAGUACCCCGGCUGAUAAUACCGUCCUGAAGUACGAAGCCUAUCAGUAUGGGGCCUAUCGAUCAACCUGGUCACCCAACUGGCGGCAGGAGGAUCUUACGGAUAAUGUUACAUCAUAUAUCACGAAUGGCGCGGGCACAUCGGCACCGAGCGAGGAAUUGGCGUUUUAUUUCAGCGGAAUGCAUGCGCCAGGCUGGGGCUCCUUUACAUGGAACGGAAAGGAAGCCAGAGAGACUGCAGAUACGCUCAUCACGGUGGAUAUGUCCUCGAUGCGAGAUGAAACUUGGUCCAACGCCACACUCCCGGAUUAUAUCCCCGGUCGUGCGAAUGCCGAAUUAGUCUGGGUACCGGUGUCUAAGUCUGGUGUCCUAGUGGCGACAGCGGAGAGCAAGAGAAUUAGUCCAACUUUCAUGGAGACUGUCUCGGUCUACGACGUGGAUAGCCAGAAAUGGUAUCUUCAGAACACAACGGGUGAUAUACCAGGACAGUUAACCCAGUUUUGCUCUGUGCUCGCCAGUGCGCCGGAUAAUUCGUCCCAUAACAUAUACAUUUAUGGUGGCGUUGAUGGUCUUGACUAUUCACAAACUCCAUCGGACGACGUUUACAUCCUUUCACUGCCUUCCUUCAAAUGGAUCAAAGCAUAUCACGGCACCAGCAGUCAUGGCCGCAGCUCGCAUAAAUGCUUCAAACCAUAUCCAAACCAGAUGCUUGCUGUUGGAGGAAUAAAUGGCUCCUCAACUAGCUGUGUGGAAGGAGGCAUUGUUGUCAAUUUCGACCUGAACGAUCUUAUCUUCCAGAACGGUUAUGAUCCUAGCCAGUGGGGCGAAUAUAAGGUUCCAGAUCUAGUAACAGCACAAAUCGGCGGGACAUCAUCUGGUGGUGCAACCAAAACUGCUCCAUCAUCAUGGACGAACGACUCCUUGUCUAGUAUCUUCGACCAAAAAUACACGAAGUCUAUGACAACCUACUAUCCUUAUGCCUCAAGCAGCGCUGAAGACGGAGGUGGUACCUCCGGCGGUGGAUUGCCUCAUUGGGCUUCAGCAGUUAUAGGUGUACUGGUCGGACUGUUCGGCGUGGCUCUCAUUCUUGCUGGGGUCUGGUUUUAUCUCCGACGUCGGCGUCAGCGUCAAAAAAGAGAGGCCGAGACUGCAUCGGCAGCCAAGGCUGAAAGGGACGCUGAUACCUCCCAGUCAGCUCAAUUUAUGUAUGGGAGCGGACCGACUGCCCCGGUGCCAGGACCAAUGUCCAAAUCCACGGCGGAGGCGACAACAGAGACCGACCCUUCCACAAUUCCUGAUUCACUCAGCACGUCUAUAUCCCCUCGCACGGUAGAGUCCGGGGAGACGAGGUAUUCAUCACCCGCUGAACUACCUACCUCAUACAACUGGACCAAUACGCCCGACACAUCUCCAGAGCUGAGUGCGAGUCGUUUUCCUUUCCCAGUUUCACCGCAGUCGGGCUCUAGCUCCACUCCAGGCCCUCAUCGAAGCCCAUCCACUGUUUCAACGGUACCCUCCAUAUCCAUUGACAAUGUUGUCAGCGGUCGACAGUCUUAUUUCAGAGAGUCGUUUUCUUCUGAAACCGGGAACAACAAACGAGCUCGCCAUGGAUCUGGAUUUUCGGAUGUAAGUAUGAUCUCAGAUGACCGGGAAAAGUUUGGAGGUAGUGAGAAGAUCCAUGAGGAACAAUAA